AUGGCUGAGUUCUAUGGCUCCAUUGAACUAGUACCAUACAUAGGCAAAGAUGUCAGUAACUUCCGGUCCACACUUCGUACCACUAAAAAGUACAAAGACAUGCAAGAAACACUAGACUACUUUGAAGAGUUGAAAGUGCAAGAUGGCCCUAAUUUCUUCUACAAGUUCAAGUUGGACAAAGAUUAUAAGAUUCAUAACCUAUUCUGGGUGGAUGGUUCAGCAAGGAAGGCGUAUGAGGCAUAUGGUGACUGUGUUUCAUUCGAUACGACAUACAUGACUAAUAUGUAUGGCAUGCCCUUUGCCCCCUUCAUUGGAAUAAAUAGACAUGCUCAAUCGUUCCAGCUAGGAUGCGCAUUCCUAAGGGAUGAGAAGACAGAUAGCUUUGUUUGGCUUUUCAAAGCAUGCCUUGAAACGAUGAAAGGCAAGGCUCCCCUUAAUAUAAUAACAAAUCAGGAUGGGGCUAUGAGGCGGGCAAUUGAGCUUGUCUUCCCUAAUACAAAUCAUCGAAACUACCAGUGGCAUAUAAUGGAUAAAGCUUCUGGAACAAUUGGUCCAUACAUUUCAUUUAAUCAAGAAUUGAAGGAUGAGUUUACAGAUUGUAUUAACUACAGUGUAACACCUGAAGAAUUUGAGGCGAAAUGGGAUGCUAUGAUUAAUAAGUAUGGCCUGGGGGACAUACAACAUUUUCAGCAUUUGUAUAGCAUCAGAAAGAGUUUUGUUCAAACAUACUAUAUGCAUUGUUUCUAUCCUUUCCUCCAAUCAACUCAGAGAAGUGAAGGGUUUAAUGCAGUGCUGAAGAGAUAUGUGAAUCCAAACUUAUCAAUAUUGUUAUUUGUGAAACAGUAUGAGAAAAUUCAGCAAAAGUACCUUGUUGCUCAGGAUGGUCAGGACUUUAGGACUGAUGAUAAUGAAUGGCACACAUGGUCAAAGUACCCUAUUGAGAAAUAUGCUUCAAUUGUGUACACAAAAGGUAUUUUCUAUAAAUUCUCAAAGGAAUUUGAAAAGACUGCAGAAUAUGAUGUGCAGGAGCAUGAAGUGCCCUACCAAUACAAGCUAGUACCGAAUGACAAAUUUGUUGAAGAUUAUGGGACUAGGUCAUAUAUUGUGACAGCAAUUGAAGAAGAAACAAGUUACUAUUGUGAGUGCAGCAAGUUUGAUAGGGAUGGGAUAAUUUGCUGCCACAUCAUGAAGAUUUUGAUCAGAUUUGGUGUGAAGACCCUGCCUGAAAGAUACAUAUUGAAAAGAUGGACACAACAAGCAAUUCCUAUUGACACAGAUAUAUCUGCUGAUGCAAACAUUUCUGUUGAUAUUGCGGCUAGUGGUAUGUCUUUGCAGAACAAGAAAACACUGAGAUUCAGCAACCUUGCUUCUGCACUUGCAAAAUUUGCACGUGAAGGUUCAAACUCAGAUGAUGCUCAUUCUAUUGUUACUAAGCACAUCGAAAUGAUGCAAUCUGAACUUGUAGAUCUAAAGAAGAGGAAGAGUAAGAGUAAGAAGAAGAAGACAACUGUUGUUCCUAGCAAUGACUUUGCUGUUGCAAAUUUAUCUCAGCCUCUUUCUAAUGCAGCUACGACAACUUCACCUCCUGGUCAUGGCACUAUAGCUACUAUGUCUACUCCUAACCCAAAUGUGCCUGCUCCUACAGAUUUUCAAGAUGCUUCAUAUCCUGAUAGUUCAAGAUUAGUAAGGAAUCUGUCAAGAUCAGUAACUAAAGGGAGGAAGAAGUCAGAAAGGUUGUCUAAUGGGAAGAAUGUGCAACCAAAGAGAAAGAACAAAUGCAGCAUUUGUCACUCUGAGAAUCACAAUGCUGCAAAAUGUCCUGGAAAAAUAACUAAAAGAAUUUCAAGCAAGGAGAUGCAACUAUUCACAUGA